AUGAAGACUGCUCUCCCGCGCACAGUGCUGCAAACUGCUGCAGACAGGCCCAAGCGGCAGAAGGCCACCGAGAGGACUCCUUCUACUACGGCUAGGAAGGAUGAUAAGAAGCGGUAUCGCAACGAACUAGCGGUAACAGCAGAAUAUCAGGACACGGCGAACGCAACAGCACUCACCAACAGGGCGAAGUUGGAGCUGAUGCAGCUUACGUCGAGUCAUGUUUCUGAUGGGCGAGAUGACACUGAGAGUAGCAGCUCAAGUUCUGAAGCUGUUUUCAUAGACCUUACAGUGCCGGUGAGGUCUGCAAAGGCGGAGCUUAUGGCAAUCCCAGGGACGAGUUCGGAAUUUUCUUACGAUGCGUAUAGUUUGCAAUCUAAGGAGGAGGAAGUGUUACGGGAGAUAGUACGGCCAGAUGAGAAGGGGUCGCCACUUGAUGCAGCAGCAGAUGAGGAUAAGGAGAGGAAGGGAGGACGGGUGCAGCAAGAGGAAGAGGAGGAGGAGGCAGUGGAUGUGGAGGAUGUAGUGGUUGAGGAGGGGUUUUCCUUUCAGUACGCCUCCUCCCCCUCCUGCCUCCCCUCCGGUUCAUCAACUACCAAAGACACAGCCCACCCAUCUAGUCAGCCAGGAGCUGCUGCUGGUGGCGCCGUCAUCGUCGUCGUCUUGAACUAG